AUGGGGUUUGCACCUGUGUCCACACCCGAGUACCUGGUUGGAGGACCUCGCGCACGUGCUCCUCGCGUGCUGUGCUGGCGCUUCGUGCCGUGCUCCUUGGUCUGCGGGCUCCUGCGGCGUCCUGGGAUCCUGCUGGGACAUCAGCCCAGUGCUCUGCAGUCCUGCAGGCUUCAUGCUUCUCGGACUACUGACACAAAUGGAUCAAAUCGACUCCUGCCGUUGCUCAGAAGUCUUCCCCAUAGGCCUAGGGAGCAUCAGUGCUUCUUGCUAUGGUCUUCUCCAUCUCGUGAUCACUGUGUGGGUGUUGAAGAAGAAGAGGCGCCAGAUAUUGACAUCUAUCACUGUCCUAAUUGUGAGAAGACCCACGGAAAGUCUACCUUGAAAAAGAAAAGAAAUUGGCACAAACACGAUACUGGACAAACUACAGAGGUCAAACCUGUACAGAACGGGAGUCAAGUCUUUAUAAAGGAACUCCGAAGUCGUACUUUUCCAAGUGCUGAAGAUAUAGUAGCAAAACUGCCAGGCAGCCAACUAACAACAGAGUAUUUGGAAGAAAAUGGCUUCACAGAACCAAUCCUCGUUCCGAAGAAGGAUGGCCUGGGUUUGUCCAUGCCUGCGCCCACCUUCUACGUCAGUGAUGUUGAAAACUACGUCGGACCAGAGAGAAGUGUUGAUGUCACUGAUGUCACCAAACAGAAAGACUGCAAGAUGAAGCUAAAGGAAUUUGUUGAUUACUACUACAGUACAAACAGGAAAAGAGUCCUCAACGUGACUAACCUGGAGUUCUCAGACACUAGGAUGUCCAGUUUUGUGGAGCCUCCAGAUAUAGUUAAGAAGUUGUCAUGGGUGGAAAACUAUUGGCCUGAUGAUGCUCUUCUGGCUAAACCAAAAGUCACCAAGUACUGCCUGAUCUGUGUGAAGGACAGCUACACAGAUUUCCACAUAGAUUCUGGGGGAGCAUCUGCGUGGUACCAUGUCCUGAAGGGAGAAAAAAUAUUUUACCUUAUCAAACCAGCCUCUGCAAAUAUUUCCCUUUAUGAACGCUGGCAAUCAGCAGCAAACCACAGUGAAAUGUUUUUUGCAGACCAAGUAGAUAAAUGUUACAAAUGCACAGUUAAACAAGGACAGACACUCUUCAUUCCAUCAGGGUGGAUUUAUGCAACUCUGACGCCCAUAGACUGCCUAGCCUUUGCAGGACAUUUUCUACAUAGUCUAAGUGUUGAAAUGCAGAUGAGGGCAUAUGAAGUAGAAAGACGAUUGAAAAUUGUCAGUCUGACCCAGUUUCCAAACUUUGAGACUGCAUGUUGGUAUAUGGGAAAGCAUCUACUAGAGACAUUCAAAGGUUUGCACAAAGCUGGGCAACAGCCUCCUGCUCAUUUACUCCAAGGAGCAAAAAUUCUCAACGGUGCUUUCAGGUCAUGGACUAAAAAACAGGCUUUAGCAGAGCAUGAAGAUGAACUACCAGAAAACUUCAAACCAGCACAGCUUAUCAAGGAUCUUGCCAAAGAAAUAAGAUUAAGUGAGAAUGCUUCGAAAGCCGGCAAAGCAGACACGAGUGCCAACACAAAUGCUGAGGAGAUCUGUCCUGUGGAGAAGGAGGAGGCUCCAUCACCUGUCCAAGUGACACCUCCAUCUCCUCCCCCACCUGUAGAGAAAGUCCCCAAAAAAAAGACUCCAAAAACUGUGAAAACCCCUAAACAACUGAAGCCAUCCAAGCCCCCCAAACCCCCCAAGCCACCAAAACCCCCUAAGCCUCCCAAAACACCAAAAGUCAAGGGAGAAGGAAAGAAGAAAGGCAAGAAGGUGAAGGAGAGUCCGCCACCAGCCAUCCCCAACCUCGACCUGCUGGAGGCACACACGAAGGAGGCGCUGACCAAGAUCGAGACACCAAAGAAGGGCAAGGCCACAAAGAAUGUUUUAAGUGUUCCCAGUAAGGAAGCUGUGAGUAAGCAGAAUGAGGCGGAGAAGCUUGAAAUUCGAGAGCAGAAUAAAAGCAAAACAGAAGCCAAAUGGAAAUAUAAGAACAGUAAACCUGAUUCAUUACUAAAAAUGGAAGAGGAACACAAAUUGGAAAAGACACCUUUGUCAGGACAUAAGGACAAUAAAUUUACAUUCUCUUUCGCUAAUAAGAAGCUGCUUGGUUCCAAGGGAGUCAAAACCCAGCUGAAUACUAGUGUGUUUGGAUCCCUGCAGAAUUUUAAAGAAGAUAAAGCAAAACCUGUACGAGAUGAGUAUGAAUAUGUGUCAGAUGAUGGUGAACUAAAAAUUGAUGAAUUUCCAAUCAGAAGAAAGAAAAACACUACAAAAAGAGAACUGCCCUUUUUAUCAGAUAAAAAAGAUACUCUGCAGCAUACUCCUGUUAAGAAGCCAAAGGUGGAGUCGGUAUCAUACAAGAGUGAUGAUUCAUCCGAUGAAGAUUUGCUUCACAUUGACACAGAGGCAAAGCCAGGGCGUAACUCGAAAUUAGAGUAUAACACCAACAGCCAGCCACCCGCUUCGCCCAGCACACAAGAAGCGAUCCAGGGAAUGCUAUCAAUGGCAAACCUCCAGUCAUCAGACUCCUGCCUCCAGACAUCAUGGGGUACAAAUCAAGCAAAGAAUAACUCCAUCUCCACCCAGAACUCCAAGAAAACAGGCGGUGGUAGCAACAAAAAUGCAGGCAAGCGGUUACUAAAGAAAAGCACGAAAAACAAUGUUGACAUUGAAGAUUACGAUGAAGAUCAGGACCACUUAGAUGCCUGUUUUAAAGACUCUGAUUAUGUUUACCCUUCUCUCGAAUCAGAUGAAGAUAAUCCAGUAUUCAAAUCCCGAUCAAAGAAAAGGAAGAGUUCAGAUGAUGCCCCAUACAGCCCGACAGCAAGAGUCGGUCCCUCGGUGCCUCGACAAGAUAGGCCGGUGCGAGAGGGCACAAGAGUCGCCUCCAUUGAAACUGGACUUGCUGCUGCUGCUGCAAAGUUGUCACAGCAGGAGGAACAAAAAGGCAAGAAGAAAAAAAAUACCAAAAAGAAGCUGUCAACCAACAACGUGAACAAACCGGCUCAGGAAGGCAGCUCUCCAGAGCCAAAGCUGGAGUCACAUGCCAGCAGCCUCACAGAUCACGAGUACACCGCAGGGGCCAGCACCUUUGGGGUCGCCCAGCCUAACAGGGGAUCGCAGCCGAUGGCGCCUGGUGUUUUCCUCACACAGAGGCGACCUUCUUCAUCCUCACAGAACAACGCCUCCGCCAAAGGGAAACGCACGAAAAAGGGGAUGGCCACGGCCAAGCAGCGGCUCGGGAAGAUCCUGAAGAUCCACCGGAAUGGGAAGCUGCUCCUCUAGCUGCGGGUGCUGUGUGGCU